AUGGGCAUGUUCUUUGGGCGCAAGCCCGCCGCGGAGCCAUUUCCGGGUGAUCGAGUGCUGCCAUUGCAUUUCUUCGAGAAUAGCCUACUAGUCCAGGGGAACAACAUGGCUGUUUCACUCGUGUUUGACGCGGUGCUCGACCCUCAAAAGUUGCGACAGUCCCUCGAGGGCCUAGUCAAGCGGGAGGGGUGGCAAAGGUUGGGAGGCCGGCUGAGGAAGAAUGACUCAGGCAAUAUCGAAUGGCAUAUUCCUGCAGAGUUUACGGCGGAUAGGCCCGCAAUCACCUUCGCGCACGUGGACCACGGCAUGCCUGCUGCUUCGCACCCAGCAGCCUCCCGGAUUCCGAAGCCAGACGCUCGUCCCGCCAUUGUCGGCGACCCGGACGACCUAGAAGGCCUGGCGUGGGAUUCCGGGUACAAGCCCGGCGGGAUCAAGGACUACCUCGACUCUGACUGCCCGGUCUUAGGGCUGCGCGUCAACUCGUUCACUGACAAGACCAUCGUAGUCCUGCAGUGGCAGCAUGUCGCCUUCGAUGCGCUUGGAAUGCAGUAUGUCGUUGAAGGCUGGAGUGCCAUGCUCUGGGGCAAGACCGCCGACAUUCCAACCCCAUGCAAAAUCGACUCGGAUCCAUUCGAUACGUUAGCCCAGGGGUCGCGUCCCACCACGGAAGAGCAUAUUCUAACUGAUCGUAAGGUCGGGCUGGUAGGCAUGCUCAAGUGGGGGCUAGGGUAUGGGGUUGAUAUGCUGGUCCGAUCCAAGGAGAACCGCAUGGUCUGUGUCCCAGAGUCAUACUGGCGACCACAGACGGAGAAGGCUCUCGAGGAGCUUCGCGCCGAGGCAGUCGCGAAGGGCGAAGACCCUUCCAAGGUGUUUUUGACCGAGAAUGACGUUUUGACAGCCUGGAUCCUACGUUGUGUUGUUGCCCCAAUGGGGAUGAAACCUGACCGAACGGUUGCCGCAUCGAUCGCCAUGUCCCUCCGCAAGGCCUUUGAGGGCGACCUUAUCCCUGCCUCCGCCGAGCACCCCUACGUGGGUAACGCCUUCGGCUGGGCCAACGUCCUCGUUCGUGCGGGCGACAUCACUUCCAAGCCGCUGAGUUGGCUCGCACGACAGGUUCGGCGCGCUAUCAACGAACAAGGCACGCGUGCUCAGCACGAGGCGUACUACGCUAUGGUGCGCACGUCUGGAACCGGCCUGCCCAUUGUCAUCUUCGGCGACGGCGGCAUGGCCCAAAUCGGCUUCUCCAAUUGGUCCAAGGCGGGCCUGUUCAACUUGGACUUUGCCCCGGCUCGUCAGGACCUCCAGGGUGACAGAGUGCCGUGCCGGCCGUCGUACGUCCAAGAGAACCACGGCCCGAUUAAACCUGCGGAUGGAUUUUUCAUCUUUGGCAAGGACGAGAAGGGAAACUACUGGUCCUCGGCGUGUAAGGUGAAAGGCCAGUGGGAGAAGUUUGAGGAGCAGCUGAAGAAGGAUUUUGAGGUGGAAGCGUGA